AGAAGAGAUCAUUGGUAUCCUAGACUGCAUUGAUAAUAUGCUGCUGGGAGGAAGAGUGGCCCAAGUCUGGAGUACACAGGCAGAGGGUGUCUGGGAGACUGAGCAGAGCUUGUGAGAAACUCACUGGGAGACAUGGUUAUGCACCCUGACAGAAUCAGGGAUCUGGAGAAAGAUUCAGGAAUGGAUUGAUUCAGAUGGAGAUUCACAGUGGUGGAUAUAUUCUGAUUUCAAAAUCAGAGAUUGCUCAAGCCUUCAAAGGGACAUGGUUGGUUUACAGGGAAUGGAUGUUUAAUUAUGUACUGUUAUUUGGACAUGGCGUUGAGUGAGAAGAUCCAUUGUAGAGACCUAACACAAUGAUGCGUGAAGUUCUUUGAGCACCAAGGAAGAGCCUCCUCAUUGAUUCUGAGAGUCAGAGGGGUCAGAUGCCACAGAAGUCAAAAGACUGGUCAACAUAACUGUCUACACAGAAGAUCAGCCUUCAAUCACACCUGACAGGUUAUCCCGUGCUUCAAUUCUUGACAGAAGAGGCCUGUCCGAGUCUCCAGGCAAUGGAGGUUCCCACGGCAUUGCCUUCAGUCAAUGUGACGCCUGAUGACGUGAACGGCACAUCCAACCCCAUGGGUCUGUACCGGGACUUCUACGGCCUGUGGGUCACCCUGAUGGUGGUCAACACCCUGAUGUUCGUGGUGGGUGUUGUCCUGAACAGUCUGGCCCUCUACGUCUUCUGCCUGCGCUCCCGGACCUCCUCCGCCCCAGUUGUCUACACCAUCAACCUGGCCGUGGCUGACCUGCUGGUGGCGCUUUCGCUCCCGGCCCGCAUUGCCCUUUACCACAGUGACGGGGGUUGUCUGGCCUGCUCCUACGUCCACACCUUCAGCUACUUCGUCAACAUGUACUGCAGCAUCCUCUUCCUCACCAGCAUCUGCGUGGACCGCUACAUCGCCGUAGUGUGGGCCGGUGCGGGGGCCCGCCGGAGCUGGAGGAGCCCCGGGCUCGCCAAGGGAGUGAGCGCCGGGAUCUGGCUCUUCGCCGUGGUGGUCACCUACUCCUUCCAGACCACCGAGCUGGAGAUACAGGCCACGUCGUGCUGCCGCCUCACCGCCCUCUUCGCCCUGACCUUCCUGGAGUUCCUGCUGCCCCUCGUGGUCAUCGUGACGUUCACCCUCAGGGUGGCGUGGGCCCUGGCCGACCCCAGGCUGAUGCCUCAGAGCCGGGGCCGCCGUACUCGAGCCGUCAGGCUCUUGGUGGCUGUCCUGGUGGUCUUUGCCGUGUGCUUCACGCCCUUCCACGUGCGCCAGGCCCUGGCUUACUUCCGGAUGGGCGGCGGCAGGACACAGCAAGUGGUGGCAUACCACGCCACAGUGACCCUCAGCAGCCUCAACAGUUGCCUGGACCCUGUGGUCUACUGCUUCGUGACCGACAGCUUCCGCUCUGCCAUGCGCCGGGCCUGCCGGGCGAGGGGAGGCACGGAGGUGGACCGGACCAGCUGCGCGGAUGUCGCCAGCGGACAGCGGAGCUCCAAGGGGUCAGGGACAGCCGUGGCUAUCGCUAACAGCGUGGCCACGCUGAGUCUCACCCCCUGCACUCCGCACCAGAUGGAGAUGUCUUCAUAGGGG